CCGCCACCGCCACCGCCACCGCCGGCGGCGGCAGCAGCCAUUUCAUCUCCACAGAAACCAGACACAAAAACAUGGCAGAAAUGGAGAAAGAAGGGAGACCUCCGGAAAAUAAAAGGAGCAGGAAGCCGGCUCACCCUGUGAAGAGGGAGAUCAACGAGGAAAUGAAGAACUUUGCAGAAAACACCAUGAAUGAACUCCUUGGCUGGUAUGGCUAUGAUAAGGUUGAAUUGAAAGAUGGUGAAGAUAUUGAAUUCAGGAGCUACCCUACAGAUGGAGAGAGCCGGCAGCACAUUUCUGUUCUCAAAGAAAAUUCUUUGCCAAAACCAAAAUUACCCGAGGACAGUGUUAUUUCACCAUACAAUAUAAGCACAGGCUAUUCGGGGCUUGCCACAGGAAAUGGACUCAGUGACUCACCUGCAGGGUCAAAGGAUCAUGGCAAUGUGCCCAUUAUUGUACCUUUAAUUCCACCACCUUUCAUAAAGCCACCAGCAGAAGAUGAUGUGUCAAAUGUACAAAUAAUGUGUGCCUGGUGCCAGAAAGUGGGGAUCAAGCGCUAUUCCCUGAGUAUGGGAAGUGAGGUGAAAAGCUUCUGCAGCGAGAAGUGCUUUGCGGCCUGCCGACGAGCCUACUUCAAGAGAAACAAGGCUAGAGAUGAAGAUGGACAUGCUGAAAAUUUCCCCCAGCAGCACUAUGCUAAGGAAACUCCAAGGCUUGCCUUCAAGAAUAACUGCGAACUACUUGUAUGUGACUGGUGUAAGCACAUCAGACACACAAAAGAAUAUCUGGAUUUUGGGGACGGGGAGAGAAGGCUUCAGUUCUGCAGUGCAAAAUGUCUCAAUCAGUACAAAAUGGACAUUUUCUACAAAGAGACACAGGCCAACCUUCCAGCUGGGCUGUGCAGCGCAUUACACCCUCCCCUGGAAAAUAAAGCAGAAGGCGCCGGCGUGCAGCUGCUCACGCCAGACUCUUGGAAUAUUCCUCUAACAGAUGCUCGGAGGAAGGCCCCCUCCCCGGUGGCUGCAGCUGGCCAAAGCCAGGGCCCUGGCCCAUCCGCGUCCACCACCGUCUCUCCAUCUGACGCUGCCAACUGCUCCGUCACUAAGAUCCCCACGCCAGUGCCCAAGUCCAUGCCCAUCAGCGAGACUGCCAACCUCCCUCCUGUCUCCGUCCAGCCACCUGCUAGCAUCGGGCCUCCCCUGGGCGUCCCGCCCCGCAGCCCUCCCAUGGUGAUGACCAACCGCGGCCCGGUGCCGCUGCCCAUCUUCAUGGAACAGCAGAUCAUGCAGCAGAUCCGCCCGCCCUUCAUUCGCGGGCCGCCGCACCACGCCUCCAACCCCAACAGCCCUCUGUCCAACCCCAUGCUCCCCGGCAUCGGGCCCCCGCCCGGCGGCCCCAGGAACCUGGGCCCCACUUCCAGUCCCAUGCAUCGGCCCAUGCUGUCGCCCCACAUCCACCCCCCGAGCACCCCUACCAUGCCCGGGAACCCCCCGGGCCUGCUGCCCCCGCCGCCCCCAGGCGCGCCCUUGCCCAGUCUCCCCUUCCCGCCGGUGAGCAUGAUGCCAAACGGCCCGAUGCCCGUGCCGCAGAUAAUAAAUUUCGGGCUGCCGUCGCUGGCCCCGCUGGUGCCACCCCCCACCUUGCUCGUGCCAUACCCCGUGAUCGUCCCCGUGCCCGUGCCCAUCCCCAUCCCUAUUCCAAUCCCUCACCCCCCGCCCCCCCUGCCCGCGCCCCCCAAGAAGCUGCUGUCCCCCGAGGAGCCCGCGGUGAGCGAGCUGGAGUCCGUCAAGGAGAACAACUGUGCUUCCAACUGCCACUGGACGGAGAGGCCGUCAAAAAAGCUCAUCGGAGAGGAGGCCCUGGCGGGGGGCGACAAGUCAGACCCGAACCUUAACAACCCCGCGGACGAGGACCACGCGUACGCUCUGCGGAUGCUGCCCAAGACGGGCUGCGUGAUCCAGCCUGUGCCAAAACCCGCGGAGAAGACGGCCAUGGCGCCCUGCAUCAUCUCCUCGCCCCUGCUCGGCGCCGGGCCCGAGGACCUGGAGCCUCCGCUCAAAAGGAGGUGCCUCCGAAUUAGAAAUCAGAAUAAGUAAAAGGUUUGUAUGUGCACCAGGCACUCCUCCGCCCGAGCCAGGGCACCUCUCCUUAUUUCUUACAAGGCAGAGGCCAGAGUGUUGAGUCGGUAAUCGUGAUUUUACCUGACAUGUUUUACAAUACAGCGUGUGU